GGGGCCACUGGGCAAUCGGGGCAGGCCCUUCGUCUGGCCCCGCCUCGUCUGCCCCGCCAGCGCGUCGAGGGAGGGGCCAGCGACACAUGGCCUAGUAACCGCCCGGCCGUGGCGCUGGCUUAAGCCAUGGCUGAGAGUAGCCGGAUUCCUCAGGCCCGGGCGCUCCUACAGCAGUGCCUGCACGCCCGGCUGCAAAUUCGCCCAGCCGAUGGGGACGUCGCGGCCCAGUGGGUGGAGGUCCAAAGAGGACUGGUGAUCUACGUGUGCUUUUUCAAGGGAGCUGAUAAAGAACUUCUUCCCAAAAUGGUUAAUACACUGUUAAAUGUGAAAUUAAGUGAGACAGAAAAUGGCAAGCAUGUCUCUAUAUUGGAUCUACCUGGCAACAUUCUUAUUAUCCCUCAAGCUACCCUUGGAGGAAGACUAAAAGGAAGAAACAUGCAAUAUCACUCUAACUCUGGAAAAGAAGAAGGGUUCGAACUUUACUCUCAAUUUGUGACUCUAUGUGAAAAAGAAGUAGCUGCUAAUAGCAAGUGUGCUGAAGCUAGGGUUGUAGUGGAACAUGGCACUUAUGGGAACAGGCAGGUGUUAAAGCUGGACACCAACGGACCAUUCACACACUUAAUUGAGUUUUGAAAAUGAAAAACUAGUUUCUAUAGCUCUUUUCUGGUAUGAAAUGAUCUAAAGUAUAAUUAGAUUUUCUUCCUCUUCAUCCUGAAUAUACUAAUCUUCAGCAUUUUUAGACAAGAAAAUCUUGGGUUUCAUAUAUAACUCUGCACCUGCUAAUUGGAUGACUUUGCCAAGUCACCUAAACUCUGGAUCUCAGUCACCUUUUGUCCUACAUUCCUCUACCCUUCUACUUGAAAAUUUGAAAUAUGCUGUCUGUUCACUUCAUAGUCAUUAAGGAAAUGUUCUUAAUUUUUUUUUGUUUUUGUUUUUUUUUUGAGAUGGAGUCUCGCUCUGUCGCCAGACUGGAGUGCAGUGGCGCAAUCUCGGCUCACUGCAACCUCCACCUCCUGGAGUCAAGCGAUUCUCCUGCCUCAGCCUCCCAAGUAGCUGGGAUUACAGGCGCAUGCCACCAUGCCCAGCUAAUUUUUUUGUAUUUUUAGUAGAGAUGGGGUUUCACUGUGCUGGCCAGGAUGGUCUCGAUCUCCUGACCUCGUGAUCCGCCCACCUCAGCCUCCCAAAGUGCUGGGACUACAGGCAUGAGCCACCGUGCCCGGCCUCUUAGUUGUUUUUUAAAAAUUGUGUACAUUUUAAGUAUUUUGCAAUGAAGAAAUUCAUGCAAACAAGAAAAACACAUUUCUUAUACCAUCAAAUUUGUGUAGCAUGUAAUAAAAAUAACUAUUUGUAUUAAAAUUAGGUAAACUUCAGCACAACCCAAUUAUAACUUUGUUAAUUUUGUUUACUAUUUCAGUUUUCUGUAUUUCCAUAUGUAAGUCACCAUUUCUUUUAAUAAUAUGCAUGAAAAUGUAAUAUAGGGCCAAAUGUGGUGGCUCAUGCCUAUAAUCCCAGCACUUUGGGAGGCCGAGGUGGGAGGAUCACUUGAGCCCAGGAGUUUGAGACCAGCCUGGGCAGAAUAGCAAGACCCAGUCUCUAACAUAUACAUAUACAUAUACAUAUAUAUAUAUAUAUGUGUGUGUGUGUGUGUAAUAUAGAAGGGUUAUUGUGUGUUAUAUUACUUUCCAGGGACAUUCAAAUGUUUUACAUUUCUUUAAGAAUCUUUACUUGAUAUAAGAACAAAGUAUAAGGGUUUAAAAUUGUUUUUAUUAAACAUAGUAUAUAAAUGGGUUAAUGGUCUAUUUUUCAGUUUUUACCAAAACCAUGUGUCUCACUUUUUGUCUUCGCUUUUUAAAGAACUGGUUCAUGAAAUUAGUGUUAGUUCAUAAAUUGUUUAAGAAGUUCCUUUUCCAUUGAAUUAGAUUGCUGUAAAAGGGAGAAAAAGGGAAGCUUCCCAUAAGAAUAGUUUGAAAACAAAUUGACUUGUUCAUUUCCAUAUUAUCUGCUUGAUGAUAUGGAGCCAGUGUCAAUUUUUCUGUUAGUGAAUGUUUUGGACUAGAUGUUCCCGUCCCCAAAAUUCAUAUGUUGAAGCCCUUAUUAAUGUGAUGGUAUCUGGAGAUGGGGCUCCUCCAACCAUCCCAUCCUGGAACAUAUAAGCCAGAAAGAAAGUAGUCUCCAGAAACAGACCAUGCUGACACCUUGAGUUUGAACUUCUAAUCACCAGAACUGUGAGGAAAUAAAUUUCUGGUGUUUAAACCACCCAGUCCUAUGGUAUUUUUUUAGGGCAGUCUGAGCUAGGACAGUGAUAUAAGAUAGACAGCUAGUAAGGUAAACUUUUCAAAGGCAAGAGAGGAAGAUAUACAAGAAAUUGAAAGAAUAAUUAAGUCAGUAAGAGGUAAUAUUCAGUUUUGGCAAACUCCUCUGACUUGAGUUGAAAAUACUUUUUUUUUUAAGAGUAAAAACCAAAUAACUAAUUCUAAUUGACAAAAAAAGGUAAAUAAAUAAACAUCCUAAGUAGCUGCUGAAAUUUCCAUUGUGUCUUAUAGUUUCUUUAGGUCUGUGUUCCGAAGAUGCUUAAAAUUUUUAUCAUGAAAAAUCCUAUUUUCUCUAUACCCUUCCUGUACUAUUCUAUUUUGGAACCAGAGAAUCAAUAACUGGCUUGGUAAUGAGCUCAUUGUCCUUAACUUUUGCUUUAUUGAUUCACAAUACACUUACUGAAAUGUAAUAAACUAUUCAUAAACUUGCAAA